CCAAUAGUGGUUUGGCAAACUGCUAGACGUAGAUUGUUCAUCUUCAGCUUUGUGCUAAGGUCCUAAGAUUGUACUGAUACCAUUAAAUCCUAUGGGCCCACCCAUCUAGGCAUGAUCAAUUUCAAGCAAAACUAAGGGCAUUUUAUAAGGAUUUCCCUAUUCAUUAGUAGUAAGCCGGCCAACUCCCACUGUCUUAUUAUCUGGUAAUUCAGCUUCUGAAAGUUUCAUCUCUCUACCAAAACAAGCCUCUGGACAAAGCUCAAACUUCUCCAAUGGCUUCUCCUCAGCCAGCCAGCAUUCUCAACACUGAUUUCUGCCUGCAAAUAGCAAAACACGUUGGCCUCAAGGAGAUUGAAAAAGGGUUGAAUUUCGGGUUCUCUCCGCUAUCUGUCCAUGUCGUCUUGAGCAUGAUCGCCACUGGAUCGAAAGGACAUACAUUAGAACAGAUGCUUCAGUUCCUGAAAUCUGAAAGCAUUGAGGAACUCAACUCGCUCUCUUCUCGACUUGUUCAUCUCAUAUCCGCCGAUGGAGCUGGCAUCGGAGGACCUCAUCUAUCCUUUACUAAUGGCAUUUGGGUUGAGCAAUCAUUUCCUUUGAAACCUGCCUUCAGAGAUAUUGUAAAUUCCAUUUACAAAGCAGAAGCGAGGGCGAUUGAUUUUCGAAUGCAGGCUGAUAAAGUGGCCCACCAAGUGAAUUCAUGGAUCAAAAGCUCAACAAACGGCCUAAUCAAAGAGCUUCUUCCAUCUGGAUCUCUUGAUAGGUCUACCAUGCUUGUUCUUGCAAAUGCAAUCUACUUCAAAGGUGCCUGGAGUACGAUGUUUGAUGGGUCAAAGACCCAAGACAGAGAUUUCUUCCUCCUCGAUGGAAGCAUCAGCCGAGCGGCCUUCAUGGCAAGCAACAAGAAGAAGCACUUCCUCCACUCUUUCGACGGAUUCAAAGUCCUCAAACUCCCUUACCAACAUGGAAACACUGACAGACGAUUCUCCAUGUAUUUCAUUCUCCCACACAAGAGAUACGGAUUGCCAAACCUCAUAAAGAAUUUUGAUCUCAACUCCGGCUUCUUGGGUCAUCAUCUUAAGCUCUGGGAAGUUGAAGCUGGCCGAGUUCAGCUCCCACGGUUCAAGAUCUCAUUUGGGUUGGAAGCUUCAGGGAUUAUAAAGGAAUUGGGAUUGUAUUCACCUUUCUCAAAACAAGGCGGGCUUACAGAGAUGGUAGACUAUCAGGAACUCUUCGUCUCAAAGAUAUUCCACAAGUCAUUUGUUGGAGUUAAUGAGGAAGGGACUGAAGCCGCUGCUGCCACUGCCGCUCUUGUGGCAUACAAUUGUAGCAGUUCACGUCUACACCAGAUGGACUUUGUAGCCGAUCACCCAUUCAUGUUCAUGAUCAAAGAAGAGGUUAGUGGGGUUGUGUUAUUCAUUGGGAAUGUGCUCAACCCCUCUUAUAAGUUCUUGAUUUGUUGAUGCAUCUUUUGCAUGAUGAAAUGAAAACUUUCUGAAGUUAUCCAUUUUAUUCAAAAAAACAAAAAACAAAAAAGAAGCCGUAAAGUAAGAGGUGUUGAAAAAUUGUAUGGGAAAUAACCUCGAAUGGAAAAUAAAAGAAAACUGGAACCUCACACAUGAUCAAUGCAUCUGCAGAAGGAAGAAGAUUUUGAAUCUCUGCUGGGGUGAGGCAUGAACAAUGUCUGAUCGUUUCUAGUCGGGCAAUGAUGGGCUGCUGGCCAUUAGUAGAUAUCUGGUCGGGCUUGCGCGCACAUAUGAACUUGGAUAUAGCUUAGCACAUUCAUGAAGGAUAUAUGAGUGGAUUCUUAUACAUACACAUUCUUUUCUCCAUUCCCAUCCAAUGUGAGACUUACUUUUUUCACAAAGAAACAACAAUCACUACACAAAAGACUAAAACCACAGAUUUUUUUCUCCUCUUUUUUUUUUUUUUCAAAAUUUUCUUUAUUUUAUUUGAAAAAUUUUCAACAGGAAGCCACUGAAUUCUAGUCUUACUAGCA